GAAGUGCUGUUGUUUAUUGUCGCUAACUCGACAUUUCUGUUCAUCAUGUCUCGUUUGCAGACUCUUAUCUGUCAUUAGAAGCAUCUGGAUUUUCCGGUGAACUACUGCGUUUUGUUAGCAGCACGCUAGCGGGCCGUUGUCAGCCAGGACCCAGAAAAGCAGCAUCAUCAUCAAUGGUGUGUCUACAUCCCGGAGCCGUCACAAUUUCCUGUGUCCGCUCAAUGAACCAUCUCCUCAGCUCUCAUCGCAGCUGCACAUGUAUGGCGUUUGCGAGGCUCGGAGGGGAGUUUUGCCAAGCCCAGCACCUACUGCUUAUUGUGGACAAGUGAAGAGGAGAUACCAGCUAGGCGCAAACACUGCGAUUGGCGUGCACAGGUCCUUACUGCCAUCCUGUUCAACCCAUAUGAAGACAAGCCAACCUUCAGCCUGUCACCUUUCCUGGGGAGUAGGAGAGGCUUUGGUUUCAUCCCAGGAAUUUCCUCACAGCUCUUCUCGUUGCCUGCGUCUCCUUUCUUCUUCUACUCUGAUUCGUACAAGUCUUCUCUGAAUGGGCUAGCAAAUUUGAAAGAAAGGAAGGACAGAUCUUUUUUUUCUGUCUUCAUUUUUUCCUGGACUUUGGGCAUCCUUUCUGCAGUCUUUUUGAUCCCAAAUGUGCUAGAGUUUAAUUGUUUUUAACCAAGCCAAUUUAACUUUUUCCUUCAUUGCCAAGAACAUUUUAGACCCCAACACCCCCUCCCCCUAAUUUCUGUUCCAGGAAAUUUGACUUUUUUGUUUUUUAUUCAGACUUUUUGUCAUCAAAGGGAUAACAUAUUUACAGUCGUUGCCCAUAAAUCAUACAGAUUGGUUAGGGAAAUGAAUUGAAGUGAUUUUUAUUUUAGUGAAAUUCUUUUUUAUUUUUCCUUUUUUAUUUUACACAAUCAAAAUACUUUCACGUUGAUUCCUUUACUAUUAUUUGAAGCACAACCGGUUUUGGAUCUUUUUUCCCCCUGCACUGAUAAAUCUUUGAGGGUCCAAAAAUGAACCGACCAGCUCCAGUGGAGAUCUCUUAUGACUGCCUGAGAUUCCUCAUUACACACAACCCCACCAAUGCACAGCUGGGAAGGUUUAUAGAGGAUCUAAAGGCAUAUGGAGUAAACACCCUGGUGAGAGUGUGUGCUGCUACAUAUGACAAGACACCAGUGGAACAAGAAAGUAUACAAGUCCUGGAUUGGCCAUUUGACGAUGGCUCCGCCCCUCCAGAACAGGUGGUUGACGAUUGGCUGACCCUGCUGCAGACAAAGUUCAGAGAAGAGCCUGGUAGCUGUGUGGCUGUGCACUGUGUUGCUGGAUUAGGACGAGCUCCCGUGUUGGUGGCCCUGGCUCUAAUUGAGUGUGGGAUGGAAUAUGAAGAUGCUGUGCACUUCAUAAGACUGAAGCGUCGCGGAGCGUUCAACUCCAAGCAGCUGCUGUACCUGGAAAACUACAAACCUAAACUGUGUCUGCGCACCAAAGAUGCCAACGGACAGAGCUGCUCUGUACAGUAGGAAUCUCCAAGCCCAUACGUCUUCACUGCAGCUUCACAGGAGACGUUCACAUUUUGGCUGUUAAAUGGAAAGUGGACAUGUUUGGGGACCUCCUGUCAAAUUGCUGAAAAUCUUCUAAAAAAAAAAAAUGCAGACGUCUCAUUUGACAUCAUAAAUGAGCUUAAAAAAGUGGAGGUGUUAAAGUUUUUUUUUUUAGUUAGUUUUUUUUAGUUAGCUCUAUGGUCUGUGACCUCACCUUAAUAUGUAGCAACAAUACACACACACACACACACACACACACUUAGCCCAUUUAAGGUGAAACCACACAGUCAAGCAGAAUUCAUUUCAACUGUCGUCACUGUGAAACCAAGCUUGUUUGGUUGUCAAAGUUAAAAACAUUUAUUCCGCAGGUUACUUUCUCAAUUCACUGUUACAUGCGCAGCUACAAUAAAUGCUGAUAAGAGACUUGAUUUAAAUGUACUUUGUCAUUGGGAUACAUCACUUCAGCAUACACAAUUUAGUGCAACAUAGUGUAUGAUAGAGCGCCAGCAUAUACAGUGAUAUGUGAUAUUAGUCUUCCUGCUAACAAUUUAGCAUAGUCUAUAUUGAGGUGUUUAUGUGACAACAGUUCGGAAUGUACCGUUGUCUGAUAGGCUCCGUGCAGACACAGGAGCACGUACUAUUUAAGAUGGUGAAUAAAUAAGAUGGCAUUUAACAAAGUAGGAGUGAGCUUUUAGUGAUACAAACGUGUAGGUAAUGUUGGUGCCGUGGGUUUCCGUCGCUGUUAAACAGUUAAAUGUAAUAAUGGGGCAAUCUCCUGUGUGGAGCCAACAUGGCUGCCGCUGAAACCAGUCGCCAUAGUUCCUUGUCUGUCCCCAGCUCUGUACCUACUUAGCUCACUGGUCAGCUGCUGUGUUUGUAAGAUGCUGUUGGGUCUUUUGUGAUGUUAUUAUUUUUUCUGUAGGUUUUCUUUUCUUUCCCUGUGCCCUACCUAUUUGUACUUGUACUUGUUUAUUUAUUGAUUCCACAGUGUUUCUUUGUGAAAUGUCUGUCUGCUAGGAAAACAGAUCUAGUAGCCUUGUUGGAAAAUUAAAAGUGUUUAGUAAUGUAA